GUCUUGGCGCAGCUGCACAGCACGCAGGACCCGGGCACGUCGGUGAAGGCCAAGGCCGCUGCGUAUUUGCAGGCGAAGGCUCAGAAGAUGGGCAGCCGCUACUUGGCCGUGAUGGCGCAACACGCAGCAGAUGAUCCUUUCGAAAAAGUGAAAAAGAUGAUAAAGGAUUUGAUUGUCAGAUUGAUGGAGGAGGCUAACGCGGAGGCAGACCACCAUGCCUUCUGCUCCACGGAGCUGGCAACGAACAAGCAGACUCGCGACAACAAGGCGGCGGAGGUGGAGGGCCUGACGGCCUCCGUGGACAAGAUGACCGCCGAGGUCGGCGAGCUCGCGUCGGAGAUCACCCAGCUCAGUGACGCUAUCGCGGAGAUAUCGGCUCAGCAGUCGGAGGGCAUGAAGCUGCGCACUGAGGAGAAGAGCGCAAACGAACAGGUGCUGGCCGACGCGAAGGGGGCGCAGGAGGCCGUGGAGAAGGCCAUCCAGCUGCUCCGCGACUUCUACGGCAAGCAGGACGCGGCCGCCGCCAUGAUCCAGCAGGCGCAGAGGGAGCCAUACACCGGCAUGGGGGACGCCAGCGCAGGUGUCCUCGGCCUGCUCGACGUCAUCCUCUCUGACUUUGCAAGGCUGGAGACAGAGACGUCCGCUGCCGAAGAUCAGGCCGUGUCCGCCUUCGAGAAGUUCAUGGCCGAGUCCACCCAGGACAAGGAGGUGAAAGAGACGGAGCUGUCCCACAAGCGGGACAGAAAGCAGAGCACGGAGGAGCAGCUCCGCACCGACCAGAAGGAGCUGAAGCUGACCCAGGAAGAAUUGGACAAGGCACUGGAUUAUUACGACAAGCUCAAGGAGGACUGCCUCGAGACUGGCCUCAGCUACGAGGCUCGCGCUGCAGACCUGAGCAACAUCAUCAACUUCAGGGACUCCCUGGAGGAUCGCGUGCGGAUGCGACAGGAGGAGAUCCAGUCUCUGAAAGAGGCGCUCAGGAUACUCAGCGGGGACGACAUCGCUUGA